AUGGCGACAACCAACGGCGAUGGCGCUGCCAAUCUGGCUUCGCUAUCUGGGAUUCCAAUCGCGCAGUUAAAUCCCGAUUUGCCCAAUCAAGCUGCACGCGCCGUCCGCGGCGAGGUUACCAUUACCUGGCCCUACAAUUCCGUCACCAAGAAACUCGCCUUCCUAAUCGCGGAGCCCGACGUGCGCCUUCGCCGCGCGAAAGGGCAAAUACGGAUAGAGCUUCAGGGCCCAAGCGCGAAGGCUGCUUCUGAAAGUGGGCUCGGGGCCGGCGAUGAACUGCUCUUCAGCUUGGAUGGCGCGGAAUGGUCCAAGGAUGCCUCACCUGGGCGCAUCCCGGGUGCCAGAGUCGAAUGGCAACUGCAAUUCAAUCAGAAGCUUGCGCUCCAAGUUCGUAUUCCGUACAUUAGCAUCGAUAGUCCCACGGCCAAACAAACGGACGACCUGAUGGCUGAAGCGCCUCGGAUAGCCACCCCCGAGCCAGAACCGACCUUGCUCGAAAAUCCCACCACCGUUCGCAAAAUAUCGGAAUUCACAGGGAACGAGUACCCCUCGCCAGCCUUUGUCAAGCGAGCCCGGCUUUCAUAUGGCGCUCUUUUCGAGGGCGGUUUCGACAUAUUCGAGGAAGAUGGUGGAGUCAAGGGUAGAGGUCGAAAAAGAACGAGGUUUGGUCGCGACAGCAGCGCGUGGCGCUACAGCAGUCAGUCACCGAGCCCCGAGCGUGAUACGCCGGUCUCAGACGCCAUGGACGAAGAUCAAUUGAGAGACGCGACCCCUGGGUCGUUGCCCAAACCGCAAAUGGCGGACGAGGGUUGUCAAACCGUAGAGGUCGAGACGGAAACAAGUGAUGCUAGUCUUCCGAGAUGGGAGAAAACCCCGGUCCCGCCAGAAACUCCGACUCCUCUCUCCCGGAAACCCUCAGCAGCGCCUACCCAAAAGCAGCACACUCCAAUUCGCGAGGUCACCCCCGUCGCCCAUAUCCUUCAAGAGGAACCGGGCCCUGUAGUACCGCAACAAACCAUCGAUGUACCGUCGGAGGAGCCCGCCUCGACUAUAGAAUCAGCACCUACCACGGAACCGGACCGACACUCACCUUGGCCACCGGCCAACAGGGGAGAGUCCCAAGGGCAGCCCUCCACAACGGUUUCUCACCCAAAUCUGCCUGCAGAAAGCAACGCCGAAGCAGUCCCAAAUUCUCUGUUCGGCCCGAGAUCUUUUACCUCCAACUUCUCUUCUUUCGGUGUUGGUGCGCCCGCUCAAGUGGAAUCAAGCCUGAGCCUGGCUGAGCAGCCCGAAUCUGUCCCCGAGACAGGCUUGCACCAGCAAGAUCCGUAUCCGAUGGCAUUCCUAGAUAACGCACCUGUCCUCCAAACACAUUCCGAAAUGGACACUUACACCAAUGCAGCGGACAAAGAGCAGAUGGCUGUGCAAGGCGAAAACAUGCCUCCGGAACCCCCCGCGAUUGAGACUUUUGGUGAGGGUCAAUGGGAGAUGUCGACACAACCCCCGCACUACAAUUCGAUCGAAGGCGGCCACUUCGGUACGGAUGCUCUCGAGGAAGGGUCAAGGGCCCCAGCCGAACAGCUCUCGUUUCAUGCGGACAUCCCCCCUGACAGGGUGCCCGAGGGCUUUGCCAGCUAUGGGCAUGAGAAUGUGCCCGACAGACAUGAGGAGCAACCGCUACAGCCAGCAUUACCACACGAUAACCAACCGCUCGUCGAAAAUGAGGAUACUAUUAGUGAUGACGAGGUCGGCGUUGAGGAAGAGAAGGACGAAGGCGCCGAGUUCGACGAAUACGCCUAUGGUGAGCAAAUCGAAGAGGGCGACUACGACCAGCGCAACUAUGAUAAGCCCUCUGAUGACGAAGACGACCUCUCGGAAGAAGAUGAGGAGGUUGAACUCGAGACAGAGGAGCGUUAUGGCAACGACGAGGUGUACGACGAUGAGGAUGGCGAAGGCGAAGAGUGGGACGAAGAGGAAGAGGAAGAGGAAGAUUACGAGAGCGGCGAGGAAGACUACGAAGAAGAGGACGAGGACGACAUGAGCCGUUACCAGCCCAGAAGACCUGCUGCGCCAGUGCCGUCAGGGGAGCCCGUCGUUAUUAGCCUGCUCUCGGACUCUGAGGACGAGGACGAACCUGUCCCAGAACCGAAACAGCCCGCGCUUGCUCCUCAAACGGCACAUGCUCCGGCGCCUCCGGCAAGUUCGGAAGCACCGUUCAGUCCAAAACGCGAGGACACGCCGAGCGUGUUGGAGAGCGUGGAAACAAGCGACACGGAGGAGGAGCAGGUUCCCAACCCCGUCUUCGGCCAGACCGAUGUUGUCGAUUUCGCCACCCGAAACGUCAAUAUCAUCCAGCACCCAAAGGCGCCGUUGGCAGAUCUGGCUGCUCGCGCCGAAACCUCGCAGCCCGCCGCCCAAUUUCCUGGCUCAUUCGGAAUAUCCAGCGCCCGAGCUGAGUCGUAUGUCCCGCAACCCCAACUGGUGCUCAGCGAAGAAGGCCCGUCGGACCUCCGCUUUGUCUCGCUAUCGAAAUCUCCGCCUGCACCAAGCGAAACUUCUUCGGAAGGUCUUUUUGUCUCGCAAAUUCGCUCCCGAUCCCCUGAUGCAGAGGACGAGCCCGCCGAUGCGGACUCCAUAAAUGAGCCCGAGCAGCCUACUGAAGUCUCUGCAGAUGGUGACAUGGACCCGGAGCUAGAGGGAGCGAGGGCUCAAGAUGAAUCCUCGGACAUGGAACCCGAGGAGGAGGAGGAGGAGGAGCGGGAGCAGAAGGUGGUGGAGGAGGAAGUGGAGGAAGAGGAAGUGGAAGAGGCCACCGCCCAGCCAACCAAAGUCCAAAACGAUGAUACCAGCCUUCCUAAUGCAGAUGAUGCGUCUUUCUCUGGCCAGGUUGAGAUGCCAGAGGACGUUGAGGCCGUCACCUCGCCAACCAAACGCCAAGACGAUGAUGCUGGCCUAUCUGACGCAGAUAAUAUGUCCUUCUCCAGCCAGGGUCAGAUGCCUGGGGAGGAUGAAGCCGCCACCCGGGCAGCUGAACCCCAAGACGAUGAUGCUAGCCUACCCGACGCAGAUAAUUUGUCCUUCUCCAGCCAGGUUGAGGAGGAUGAAGCCGCCACCCGGGCAGCUGAACCCCAAGACGAUGAUGCUAGCCUACCCGACGCAGAUAAUCUGUCCUUCUCCAGCCAGGUUGAGGAGGAUAAAGCCGCCACCUGGGCAACCGAAUCUCAAGACGAUGAUACUAUCCUACCCGAUGCGCAUGAUCUCUCUUUCUCUAGCCAGAUUGAGAUGCCCGAUGAGUUCGGGGAGAGCGAAAGUGAAUACAUGAGCGUGGACGAAAAUGCUCCAUCCAACGUUGCUGUCACUGCGAACGUUGUUAUGGCAGCUCUUGAGGUCGAAGAGGUCGAACAGGUCGAACCGAUCGAAGAGGUUGCGGUUUCCGAGAAGGGCAAUGUCUUCUCUUCUGAGGAAGACGUCGACAUGGUUGAUGCGGGCUCGUCGCAGGUGGACUCCGCGUCUCUGAAAGAAGUAGCUUCCAGCCCCUUGCGGGAAAGCUUGGGCGAGACGGCGGCUGUUGCCAGCCUCGUGGUUACCGAGGUCACACCAGAAGCCGCCACCAGCGCUGCUGCUGAUGGGCUUCUUCCAGAGGCCCAGUCCUCUACACAACAAGAGCAACAAGUUCCGUCUUCGUUUUUGGCGGACCGAGAGCUGGCCGCAGCAGGAUCGUUGCAGCAGAUGGUGGACGACGUGGCUUCCUCCACUUUUGGCUUUCAAACUCAGGUCGACUUCGCGGUUCCAAAGGUGCCCGAAUCCUCCCAGGAGCCUCCGGCUUCAAGUCCUGUCGAUUAUGUGGUCACGCCGCCAGUGGAAUCUCAGCCUGGGACUGGCAAAGGCCUUGCUCCUAACAAUGAGGUUAUCAAUGGCGCAGGUGGUGUUGACGCCUCGGUUGUAGAAACUGCCACUAAGGCUCCGACUAGCGAUACUUUACGCGCGAACACCCCAGCUGAACCAUCCUCAGUGCCGCCAUUGGAUGGGGCUCAUGACCCUCCCGUUGAGGAUGGACGAAAGCAACUCGUGGAGACCGAGGAAUCUCAGAAGAGGCAGGAGACACGGGAGACACGGGAGAGUCUCGAAACAGCUCAGCAACCUCCGCCCUCGCCAAGAGAUGAGCUAGAAGACGAGACAAUGAUCUUGGAGCAACUCACCCAAGAGCAACAGCAGUCGUUCGAGUCAGAGGCCGCCGAGUAUCAAAUGCGAAGCCGCUCGCCCACCCCCGACCUCAGCGUCCGACUAGCCCGUCAAGCCGUGGCAUCCAAGCGUCACAAGAAGGCCACCGAGCCAGUCCGAACCAGCCCCCGGCUCACCCGCGCGCGAUCCAGCAGUCUCCGCUCAAACGGCACCAAUGGCACCCCGGAAAAAGAGAAACCAAAGGAAGACCCUAGCGUCAGCCUUGCCAGAGCAGCCCUAGCCUCGCCAUCCAAACGCGCCGUCGAGGCCGAGGCCAAGGUCGAAACCGAUGGCCCCGCCCCAACCACAUCCACCACCACCACCUCCACCGCAACCGCUCUCAAAGCCGACCUCACCAAACGCCUACGCACCGAACUCCCGGAAUGUGUCCCACUCAAGUCCCUCCGCACGCACCUCGACAAAUUCCCCAACAUCAUCGCCGUCGUCACCACCUCGCCCCCCACCCAGCCCGCGCGCGCCAAGCGCGGACCCCGCGAGUAUUUCAUGUCCUUCCACGUCACCGACCCCUCGGCCGCCCCCAACGCCGUCGUCGAGGUCCACUUGUACCGGCCCCACAAGGACUCCCUGCCGGUCGUGCGCCCGGGCGAUGUCGUGCUGUUGCAGCGCUUUCAGGUCGAGGCGAUUAGCAAGAAGGGGUGGGGGCUGAGGACGGGGGCGGAGAUACCGUAUUAA